AUGUCGGCAGUACCGUGCUCGGGUGCUUCAUCCUCGGGGCCGGUUCCCGGGAUGUCCAUGUUCCGCUGGCUGGAGGUCCUGGAGAAGGAGUUUGACAAAGCCUUCGUAGAUGUGGAUCUGUUGCUGGGAGAGAUAGACCCUGACCAGGCCGACAUCACCUAUGAGGGCCGCCAGAAGAUGACCAGCCUGAGCUCCUGCUUCGCUCAGCUGUGUCAUAAAGCGCAGACCGUCAGCCAGAUCAACCACAAGCUGGAGGCUCAGCUUGUAGAUUUGAAGUCGGAGCUGACAGAGAAUCAAGCAGAAAAGGUGGUGCUGGAGAAAGAGGUGCAUGAUCAGUUGCUUCAACUCCAUGCUGUGCAAUUACAGCUGCAUUCCAAGACAGGACAAAAUGUGGAUUCAGGAGCGAUCAAAGCCAAACUGUCUGUCCCUACUCUGGAAGUCAUGGAAAAAGAACUGGAGGCCAACAAGAAGGAGAAGGUAAAGGAAGCACAGCUGGAGGCAGAAGUUAAAUUGCUUAGAAAAGAAAAUGAAGCUCUUCGCAGACAUAUCGCUGUACUCCAGGCAGAGGUGUAUGGAGCAAGGCUGGCUGCUAAGUACUUGGAUAAAGAACUGGCUGGAAGGGUCCAGCAAAUUCAGUUGCUUGGUCGAGAUAUGAAGGGUCCUGCACAUGACAAGCUAUGGAAUCAGCUUGAGGCUGAAAUUCACUUACACAGACAUAAAACCGUUAUCAGAGCCUGUCGAGGGCGAAAUGAUUUGAAGCGCCCUCUGCCAGCUCCUCCAGGACAUGACCCAGAAUGCUUAAAGAAAAGUCAAGGAGUUGGGCCAAUCAGAAAAGUUAUUUUGGUUAAAGAAGAUCAUGAAGGACUUGGUAUAUCUAUCACAGGGGGAAAAGAACAUGGAGUACCAAUUCUUAUAUCAGAAAUUCACCCAGCACAGCCAGCUGACCGUUGUGGUGGACUUCAUGUUGGCGAUGCAAUUUUGGCAGUAAAAUGGCAUAAAUUUGAGAGAUGCUAAACACAAAGAAGCAGUUACUAUCCUGUCCCAGCAGAGGGGAGAAAUUGAGUUUGAAGUAGUGUAUGUUGCUCCAGAAAUAGACUCCGAUGAUGAAAAUGUAGAGUACGAAGAUGAAAGUGGACAUCGUUAUCGCUUGUAUCUUGAUGAGCUAGAGGAAGGUGGAGCUAACCCUGCAGUACCUAACAAAGAAGGAAGUGGUGAUCCUAAACCACUAAGAGUAUUUGACCAGAAGCAUCACGUAGAAGGACAUGAAAAUGGAGACCUGGAGCCAUCAAGUGAAUCCCUUUCAGGGGACACCGCUUCCAAGCUAGCAUAUUCUUCAGAGUCCCUGUCGUAG